AAGGAACGGAUCCUCCAGGAAGCCGGGUCCGUGUGGCUGCCGCUGCCGCCGCGCUGCGGUGGCCGUGAUGCGUUCCGCUUGCAGCUUCCCGCUGCCAGGGGCCCCGGCCGCCAAGUCGGGCGCUGCGAGCAGGACUGACAGUGAGAAACUGAAAUUGAACCAUGACCCCAUGAGCUUCACUCCACUAAAGAAUGUUCAACUAAGGAGGGCCCCACUAACUGAAAUCAUGAGUUAAUGGAUCUCUCUGGUGGAAUGGCCUAACUCCAGGAGGACCCCAUCGUUUCUGUAGUGGUGUGUGAGGACUGACUCCUAGAACAUUGCCCGGUCUCUGACCCAUCAGCAUGGGGAGGAUCGGCAUCUCCUGUCUUUUUCCUGCUUCCUGGCAUUUUAGCAUCUCUCCAGUGGGGUGUCCUCGAAUUCUGAAUACCAAUUUACGCCAGAUUAUUGUUAUUAGUGUUCUGGCUGCUGCUGCUUCACUUUUAUACUUUUCUGUUGUCAUAAUCCGAAAUAAGUAUGGGCGGCUAUCCAGAGACAAGAAGUUUCAAAGGUACUUGGCACGAGUUACUGACAUUGAGGCCACAGACACCAAUAACCCCAACGUGAACUACGGUGUCGUGGUGGACUGUGGUAGCAGUGGGUCUCGGAUAUUUGUCUAUUGCUGGCCGAGGCAUAACGGCAAUCCUCACGAUCUGCUGGAUAUCCGCCAAAUGAGGGAUAAAAACCGAAAGCCAGUGGUUAUGAAAAUAAAACCCGGCAUUUCAGAAUUUGCUACCUCUCCGGAGAAAGUCAGUGAUUACAUUUCUCCACUCUUGAACUUUGCUGCAGAGCAUGUACCACGGGCAAAACACAAAGAGACGCCUCUCUACAUUCUCUGCACAGCUGGAAUGAGAAUCCUUCCCGAAAGCCAGCAGAAAGCCAUCUUGGAAGACCUUCUGACCGACAUCCCCGUGCACUUUGACUUUCUGUUUUCUGACUCUCAUGCAGAAGUAAUUUCAGGGAAACAAGAAGGUGUGUAUGCUUGGAUUGGCAUUAAUUUUGUCCUUGGACGAUUCGAGCAUAUUGAAGAUGAUGAGGAGGCAGUUGUGGAGGUUAACAUUCCUGGCAGUGAAAGCAGGGAAGCCAUUCUUCGUAAAAGGACAGCCGGUAUUCUCGACAUGGGAGGCGUGUCGACCCAGAUAGCGUACGAAGUUCCCAAAACUGUAAGCUUUGCCUCCUCACAGCAGGAAGAAGUCGCUAAGAACUUGUUGGCUGAAUUUAACUUGGGAUGUGAUGUUCACCAAACUGAGCAUGUGUACCGGGUCUACGUGGCCACAUUUCUUGGGUUUGGUGGCAAUGCUGCUCGACAGAGAUACGAAGACUGGAUAUUUGCCAACACAGUUCAAAAGAACAGGCUCCUGGGGAAGCAGACUGGUCUGGCUCCUGACACCCCAUACCUGGACCCUUGCUUACCCCUGGACAUUAAGGAUGAAAUCCAGCAAAACGGGCAGACCAUGUACCUCCGGGGAACAGGAGACUUUGACCUGUGCCGAGAGACCAUCCAGCCUUUCAUGAAUAAAACAAACGAGACGCAGACCUCCCUCAACGGGGUCUACCAGCCCCCCAUUCACUUCCAGAACAGCGAAUUCUAUGGCUUUUCGGAGUUCUACUACUGCACUGAGGAUGUGUUACGAAUGGGGGGGGACUACAACGCUGCUACUUUUACUAAAGCCGCAAAGGAUUAUUGUGCAACAAAGUGGUCGAUCCUGCGGGAACGCUUUGACCGAGGACUGUAUGCCUCACACGCCGACCUCCACAGGCUAAAAGUUCCCCUGUCCGUCCCUUGCCUGUUGAAGUCCUGCCCAGACCUCAGAGUCAGGUAUCAGUGCUUCAAGUCUGCCUGGAUGUUUGAGGUGUUCCAUAGGGGCUUUUCGUUUCCUGUCAGCUAUAAAAACUUAAAGACAGCCUUACAAGUUUACGAUAAGGAGGUUCAGUGGACCCUCGGAGCAAUCCUUUACAGGACCCGGUUUUUACCGUUAAGGGAUAUCCAGCAGGAGACCUUCCGGGCCAGUCACGCUCACUGGAGGGGCUUCUCCUUUGUCUACAAUCACUACCUGUUCUCGGGCUGCUUCCUGGUGGUCCUGCUCUCCAUCCUCCUCUACCUGCUGCGGCUGCGGCGCAUUCACAGGCGGACACUGCGUGGCGCUUCGACCACCACCCUCUGGCUGGAGGAAGGCCUGCCGUCCCAGAAGAUGGCCGCGUGAACUUAGGGACGGGAGUUCGAGAGCCCAGGAAGACUUUCUGAAGGAAAAGCCAUUUUUGCCUCAGGGUUUCUCCUGCUUAUUCCCUUUCGGCUUUGUUUUUGCUUUCCCUUUUUUGUUCCUUGCAACAAAAACAAACUCCGCUGUCGGAAGCUCUGCCUGUCCAGAAAGUGUUGUGGUUAGCCGUUCUGGAUACAGGUUUAAGUGGAGGAAAAAGGGAAAAGGACUUUGUUUUUGCUGCAUAGGAUACCGACUAAGAUUUUUGGCUUUUCUCUGAGGGAUGUUAAAUUUUAAACAGCUGCACUUUGCCUUUGGAGGGAAUGGCAAAGCCGUUUCCCAUCAGUGGUGGUGGCACUGACGAGUGUCACGUUCUCAGAACCAGAACCCGCCCGGCGGAAAUCGCAGUCCUCUUUUUGUCCAUCUCAAAAGCUCUAAGCUGAAGAGGGUGGUGUGUAGUUUUCACUUACUGUUCAGGUCUGUCACUACAUGUUUUCUUUGUGGGCUGAAAAACUCAAAGCCAUUUAUCCCCAAGACGGUGAAAGGCAGGCACCAGGAGGUAACUUUUUAAAACUGAUAGUCCUGGAAGAUGUGAAAUAACGACUAGAGCAGUGCACAUGUGUGUGUGAGAGAGUGUUUUGUGUGUGUGUGCGAAAAAGUGAGAGAGAAUGCGUGUGUGAGAGAAAGUAUGAGAGAAUGUGUGUGAGAGAGGGAGAGAAUGUGAGAGAGAAUGUGUGUGUGAAACAGAAUGUGUGUGUGAGAAAGUGUGCGUAUGAGAGUGUGGGAGAGAAGCGUGUGUGUGUAGGAGGAAGAGUGUGUGUGAGAGAGGGGGAAUGUGGGUGCAUGAGAGAACAAUGCUAAGGGUAGAGGAUGAGAGAAUGCAGUGCUCUUUCUUUUAAAAGCACACACACUUCAAAAUUUAUUGUUUAUUUCUUUUUAUGUAGAAAAAUCCCCAUUACCAUUCAUGCAUUGUCUUUCCUCACCACGGGUAAUGACUUUCUUAGUCGCACCUUUCAGCAGCCUUAGAACAUUAUGUCUUUGAGUUGGAAAAUCCCUCAAGUUUCACCGCUUUCGACAUCAUUAGAAGUGGAGCUCGUGCCUACUGACAGGCACGUCCGCAUUUCUCAGUGGUACGUUUUUCCGGGCUUAAUUGUGCUCUAGUUUCCUCCAACUUCGAGUUGGUGUUCCCCUCCUUAAUUAAAAAUGGUCUCAGUGGUUUUAUUUUGGAGACCCCCAUGCUUACAGGUUCUCUGUAUUACGGCCAUGAUUGAGGCCAUGGUUGUUAACACCACUGUAAAUCCGGACAAAGAGAAGGGUCUGACUUCAACAAGAAAUAAACUCACAUUUUGAGAAAACAAGUGCGACAUUUUAAACAAAGACCUAAAGAGGACAGCUGGAUUGGUGUAUGUGAGAUCGGUGGUUUUACACCUAUUCAUUUUGUUUAGAAGCUUUGGGAAUUCUCAUACCUAGUUUUUUUAGGUGAAGUUCUUUUUGUGAGUGUGUGUGUGUGUGUGUGUGUGCGUGCUGUUUCUUAGAACAGUGAAAUUCGGUUGGUUGGUAGCAAAUGUUUAUUUUGAGAACCAUCAGCUGCUUUUUCAGACUUCGUUGAUUAGAGAAAGGAUUCAGAUCCUGGAGCCCUUAUUUAAGUUAGAUUUUUAUCUUGUUUAUUAUUUAAAACAUGGCAUACUGUAUCUUGAUGACUUGAAAAGAUUACAAAUGUAUAAAAGAAACGCAAAUUCUCUUACUCUGCUCUUCACAGUGAAUAUUCUAACAGUGAAAAAGUUAUUGGUAGAAUACUUGUCUCUGAGAUCUAUGGAAGGUUGGAGGAGCGGCGUCCUGGUACAGCCUCUGAUGUGUGUGGGGUCUUGUUUCAGAGAGGACGGAGGUAAAUGGCCCUGUGAAAGGUCCAGCUUCAGAAACGCGGGUCUCCAGCUAUUCAAGUGCUCGGUCCCUGGUAAACACUGUCCCUUAUCAAGACCCAGCCACCGAUGAGCAGUGUUUUAGAUACCCCAGGAGCAGAGUGAGCUGGCGUGCUCGUCCUUGAAUCCUCUGACGGGGUUUGUUCUGUAGACUGUGGGUGGCAUUAGCGGUGAAGAGGGAGUGUGUUUACGCGUUAGCUUUUCUGCUGCCAACCAUUGGGAGUAGUAAGUGACCUGAGAAUGAAACUUUUCAAAUGCCUGGAGUAUGUGAUUUUUGCCUUUAAGAUCAAGGCAAGGAUUAGCCAGCAUAGGCCCAGAUUUAAAUGGGCUUUAGUUCAGACUUCCUACCAUAGAUUGCCACUUUUUACAAAAAAGGGUGCCAGUGUGGCCCAGCUCAGUACCGUUUGGGGGGCAGAAUCAAGACAACCAGUUCUGCUUUGCACCUAGCCUAGGGAUCCCUCUGCAAGGACCUACCUCAGUCUUCAAAAGAAAUCCCAAAUCAGGGUUCCAAGGCCCAAGCAACCUUAUACUUUACAUAGUUAAGUGCCCAUGUUCCCCUGCCAAAGAACUCCCAGGAGGAGGGCUUGGCCAACUAUUGGCCACAGGGAAAAUCUAGAAGACCCUUGAGCUGAGAAUGGUUUUUCAAUUUUUAAAAGGUUGUUAAAAGAAAAAAAAGGGGGGGAAGAAUAUGUGACAGUGUAUGUGACCUGUCGAGCCUAAAAUACUUACUAAAUGUCCCUUUAUGGACAGAUGUCCCUUAAAGAUGUUCACUGACCCCUGCGCAAACGACCCCAUUCAAGAAAGCAUACGCAUCGCAUUCUCUUAGUUCAGGAGGCUAGUUACCGUGUAUGGGCACAAAAAGAGCUGGGCAAGAGCUGACCAGUUUUCAAUCCUGAAAUAUUUGUGUGUGUACCAGAAUUCCACUUCUUACCUUUCCCUCUAGAUUAUUUUCAAGAUCAGUUUUCCAGAAAGCCAGCAAACAUGCGUCCCCCCACGGGUUGAAAAAGUGCUGUUCAGGAAGGAGGGCUUGCUGAGUUAUGUUGAGAGGCCUGCAUUCUCCAGAGGAUCUCACGUGGGUCUUUCUGAUGCAAGUGGGGCCGGGCUGAUUCAGGAGAGGAGUUCAUAGCAAUUAAGGGCUGGCCAAGGAGGCAGGGAACUCAGAAUACUUGGAAUAGAAAGCAAAAGAAAUGGCGCCCGUGGGAUUUUCCGGCAGCCUCGUGGAAGAAAACGCCGUGUCGAGCCUUGCUGGGAGUGCCGCUACAGGAGACGCUCUCCUGCCAUCACACUGUGCGCUGCUGCUUUCCAGACCUCCGAGGACGCUCACAGAGAUCUGGCAGUCCAUUGAAGGACAUCACAGUAACAGUACAAACAUACCCCUUUGUAACCAGUGCUGCUUGCAUAUUUUCACCCUCAACUGCUGGCCUUGGCGCUCCCCAGCCUGGGGGGGGGGAGGGUUGGGUAAGCUGGAGAGGCUGCGAGUGGCUGCAUCUGGCCCCCCUGGACGGCUGGGAGGGUCACUCGUUCACACCUGCGCACUCAGGUUGGCAACCUCUUAGAUGGACAGAUAUUUAAAGUUUAAACAUCAGGCCUGCAUAGAAUAGUUUUCCUUAGAAGAAGCAUGCAUCAAGAAGCUUGGAAAGGCAAAUGUGUUUUCUAAGCUUUAAAAAAAAAAAACAUCAGCUUUAGGGUUUUGUGUGAUUAUGUGCAAUGCAGCAAAACUACCGACACGUAAAUUAUUUAGCUAUUUACUUCUACUUGAGUGUUUUCUUUUUUAUGAUACUGCUUUUCCGGUUCAGUAAUGAAUGAUGUGCCCCACCAAGGAAAAUUCUUUGUUCUGUCACUGAGGUGAUAUUUUACAGUUAGGAAUUACAAAAACUAAGGGAGAUCUUUAAAUGUGUUUUUGUUUUUUUUUUUUUAAUUUCAAUAAUGCUUUCCAUUCAGGAUAAGGAUAAUGGCCUUUGGGGUGCUGUGGGCUCCGAUGAGUUUCCAUAUUUGGCAGCCUCGUGUUGCCACACUCGCACACAGAAGGGUGUGGAGAGCCAGUAAAAUGAAAGCUCAUCCGCUGGCCCACAGACCCUCUGUGAGCUUGCUUUCUUAUGACCGAAGUAGGUUUUCCUCUGGUGUUUGAAUCUUGUCACCUGUUAGAAUGCUUAGUUCAACUGGAGUGUCGAUUCGGUACAAUAAAUGGUCUGAGUCUGCACACCCUGCAUUUGCUGUAUUUACAUGCAUACAGUGAAGCACGCUCCGUCUGUGUUCUGGAGGGAGGGGUCUGCAUGUCCAGCAGCUCACAAGCCAAAUAUUUCACAAGGAGAAAUAUUUACCAAGGUGUAAUAUCAACCCGUGUGUCAAUAGCAAAGGCCAUUCGGUGCCAACUGUUAAUAAGGUUACCAUUUUAAGAUAUUAACUAUAGGGGGGCCUGGGUGGCUCCCUUGGUUAGGUGUCCCAACUCUUGAUCUCAGCGCAGGUCUUGAUCUCCGGGUUGUGAGUUCAAGCCCCACAUUGGGUGUGAAGCCUACUUUAAAAUAAAUAAAUAAUAAAUAAAAUAUUAACUCUGAAUAUAGAUCAGAAAACUAGAAUUAAUGAACUUUUAUGUAUUUUUUCUUAUAAAUAGUGAAAUCAAAUGCUAACCUUACAUUACACGGUUCUGCAAUUAGAUCUAAGCUUAAAAGCAUGGGCUCGUUUCCAGAGAAAUGUGAAUCUCCGUGUUUAUGUUACUAACAACUAUUAGAAACUACAAUUCUUUCAGCUACUUGAGACUGUAUAGAGGUUUACCCUGGGGUGGGAGGAGGUGAGCCCAAGCCAUAACCCAAAAACUGAUGAUGGAGACAGGUGGAGUGGGAAGGGGCCAGCUGUUAACAAAAAGAAGAGCCUAAGACAUAUGUAUGGAAGGGUGUGAGGGAAUAGCAGAGCACAGUGGGAGUUCAGCGUGAGCACAGAAGCACGGUACUUGGAAGGCAGAAAGAAUGGGAUGAUGAAGUUGAAAGAGAACUUGCUUAAAUAAUUUCUGAGGUAGGACAAUAAAUAUAGGUCUUUGGGCCUGAGGGCAAAUAAAAUAUUUAAGGCAUCUAAAGAUGUCUGAAUUUUACUCCACUUGAUUGACGAGAAGUAAGUACCUGUUUCCAACAGCCGCCCAUGUCAACAGGGCUGAAAGGCCGUGGUUUGGGAUUUUUGUUUAUUAUCUGUUUCCAUUUGCCCCACGAAUGUGGAAUGCAUGGGAGGCUUUUUUUUUUCCACCCUGAAAUGCUGCUAAUGGUUUGCACAGAGGGGUUCUGGCGCUCACACUGGUCUGGGAGCAGAGACUCCAACGUCAUCUGUAUCGGAGUCAGACUGUCUUCGUAUGGAAAGGUCAUCAGAGGACAAAGCAGUGCCCCUUCACCCCAGUGGCCCGCGUGGCAGAUUCUGCGAUUUGCCUGGAGCAUCAGCAUCUGCGUGAAACCCAACACCUCGAGGUGUCCUCCCAGCCCCACCUGGGAGGGGUGUGAUGGGAGCGCCUGAUGGCCUCAGCCUGCCAUCCCCCUCUUCUUAACAAAAAAGAAGUGACCGGUUGAGGCAUUUCCAUUUGUUCUUAAGAAGGUGUUAGUCCCCCAGCAGUGCUGCCUCUUCCUAUCAAUAUAUCCAUUAAGGUUGACUAAGCCCUGCCUCAGCCAAGACAGCGGCUUUGGCCUCCUAUCUUUGCCCUUCGCCCUUGAUCCUGUUUGGCAGGUGAAUUAGCUCUGAGCUCCAGACUUCACGGCCGCUUAAACGUUUCUGUCAACAGCCUGUUGUGUGUAAGAGACCCAAAUAAGAAAACCCAGCCUGCAGAAGGAUUUCUGCCCUGAGAAAAAUGCUGAAAGCCCCUCACAGAACAUAAUGGGGGUAGUCGCAAAGACAGGCGGCUUGUCUAAAUGCAUAAACUCAACGAAAUGGAGGGAAAAGGAGACACUUUUUUCUUCCUGAAAAAAGGAGAAGGGGGAAGGAAGAGUUGGUCUGUGGCCAGGUCAUGAGUGCCCUCCUCAUUCCCCGUGUGGGACUUACUCUGUCACUGUAUUAUGAUUUCUAGGAAGUACCCAGGUCUGUUCUCACAGGUUUAUGAUUGGUAGGGGUUUUUUUAAUUAAAAGCUUUUUAAUGUUUACUUAUUUUUAAAAGAGAGAAACAGAGUGCAAGCAGGGGAGGGGCAGAGAGAGAGGGAGACACAGAGUCUGAAGCAGGCUCCAGGCUCUGAGCUGUCAGCAAAGAGCCCGACACGGGGCUUGAACUCACGAACCAUGAGAUCAUGACCUGAGCCAAAGUCAAACGCUUAACUGACUGAGCCACCCAGGUACCCCUGAAGUGGGCAAUUUUGGAAAGAUGAAUCAUACUCGUCCUGCCUGUGAUUUCACAGCCUCAACUCCAGGAACCACACCCCACACUUUCUCCUAAAAUUCCAUCUUUUCCACCCGGCACAAGCUUUAUCUAUUACUUAGAUUUGAGAUUAAGACCGAGACACUUAAAUGGUUUUUUUUUUUUUAAGUUUAUUUAUUUUGAGACAGAGACAGUGUGAGUGAGGGAGGUGCAGAGAGAGAAGGAGAGAGAGAGAAUCCCAGGCAGGUUUUGCACUGUCUGCAGAGCCCGAUGUGGGGGCUUGAUCCCACGAACUGGGAGAUCAUGACCUGAGCUGAAGUCAAGAGUCAGACACGUAACCUACUGAGCCACCCAGGCGCCUCAAGACACUUAAAUAGGUUCUACUUAGCCUUGUUAUUUUAUUUUGGUCAUGGCAGCCCAAGAAGAUUUUCUGGAACUUCCCAGUCAUUCUCCAUUCUGUUCAAAUAAACAUGUUUAAAUUACCUUCCA